AUGCUAAGCAAAAGCCACAAAUACAGUGGAGGACCUGAUCCAGUGGCAAAAACGUACCAUUUUGUCCGCUCUAUUGUGAGGGCACCCUUCAAAACGGAGUAUUUUCACUUGGAGAGGGAAACACUUUGCCACAUUUUUGAUGCUUCCCGGAUGCAAAAUGGUACGUUUUUGCCAUGGGAUCGGGUCCGAUACUGCAUUUUUCCCCAAGGCCUUCCUGAAGACACCAUUUUUGUUCAAUUCAUGUUUUUGAAGUAAGUGGCUACAAGUGUCGUAUCUUAUCCACCAAAAGUUAUUUUAGUGAAAAAAUCCCAAAAUCGAUUUUUUUUCUAUGUCUACGCCUAACUGGCGGCUGAUUCGCUGACUCAGAAAUCGUCUUUUAAAGUUCCUAACCUUCACAUUGUAAAUAAUUUUGCAUCAAACAAGUAAACAAUUAGCACCAACAGCAGUACUAAAAAUUUCCCUGCAUUUUCUCAUUAUUUUCCUCCAACUUCGUAUUCUUUUUUUCUGUUAUUGCAACUGUCUUCCCGUUGUUUUGAUCAAUAACCAGUAAUUAACCCGCGACUGCCCUCCACAGUCACGGUCCAUUAUUCCCGUCGCUUUAACUGUUUUAAUAUGUUCUCGCCGCCGAAAUAAACAAAAAACAGCGAAGCGUUGGCGGGGUGGAAGAAUAUUAUGAAUCAUGUUGCUUCUACUUUUGUGUGUUCAGAUCACCCAAGCUACGGGGAUUUUCGAUCUGUUCAAGGGGAGUCGAUGCGCGGACAAGCUGGAUAUCUCUCCGGGCAAUUUCUUGAUCAAAGUGGGCAUUGGGGAGCCGGGUAAGUCGGGGAAAAUGGAAGAAAAAAAUCUUUUUUACUAGGGCAAUUUCGAAAAAAUGGUGCCUAGGCAGAGGUCGAGAUUCUUACUUACAAGGGAAGUACCUCAAGUGCGACGCUCAGAUUUUCUUUAAAUUUUGCGCACACGUCAGGCAUGAACUAAAUAUCAAUUUCUGAAAGUUUUAGCUCUCGCUAUGCAAACACCACCGAGAUAUUGAACUAUCUUUGCCGCCGAGAGAGCAUGCUAAACGCGGAAAGCGGUCAGAGAAAAAACACUCUUUGGCCAUAAUUUUGCUUGUUUCGUGAGGAAAGAAAGAUUUUUUUAAAAAAACAUUGCUCUCAGCAGUAGAAUUAGGUAUGAAACUUUUCGUUCGGAAAAAGUGUGAAAUUUUUGCCGACUUUCGAUCUAAAAAUCUCGGUUUUUUCUGCAAAGCGCUGGCUAGGAUUCUCGCAUAUUUUUUGCAAAAAACUAUCCUAAAUUUGUGCCAAGUUUCAUUAAAAUCUGAGCGUCGCACUUGGGGUACUUCCCUUGUUAGCACAAUUUAAAAAUUUAAAAUUUUUGAGACGUUAGCAAUAUUUUUAGCAGAGGCUUUUCAAACGUCUUCCGGCUUUGAAAGAAAAAAUUCACCCGAAAUUCAAAAUUCUCAAAGGAAAAGAUCUCAUAGAUCUAAACGAAAAGCCUUUCUGUUUGACCGUGCCUCUACGUUUCACAGGGUGUUUUGCUCGCAAACUACAGCUGCAAAUUUUCAGAAAACGUUAUAUAGUUUUAAAUCUACGGCGUCGCGACACUUGCGGGCAACCACUUUGCGGGCAACCGGCACCUGAGGGUUACAGGGUGGAGGUGGAAAUAUUACUGCGAUUUUUUGGAAAUUUGCCGACAUUUGCGGGCAACAGGAAAAAACAAUCACACAGACUGUAUAGGGACUUUUGGAACUGUUGCCCGCAAAUGUCGGCUUCCCGCAAGUAUUGCCUGCCCGCAAAUGUCGGAAAACUUCCAAAAUAUCGAAGUAAUUUUUCCACCUCUGCCUUGUUAUCCUCAAGUGCCGGUUGCCCGCAAAUGUCAGCAAAUUUCCAAAAUAUAAUAUCAUAGUAAUUUUUCCACGUCCACCCUGUUACCCUAACAAUCAGGUGUGGGUUGCCCGCAAAUCUUCCAGGCUGCCCGCAACUGUCGACCCUGCCCGCAAAUGUCCCAGGCUGCCCGCAAAUGCCGGUGCUGGCCGCAAAUGUCGGCUGCCCGCAAAGCGGCUGCCCGCAAAAAAAAUUGCCCGCAAACUGGUUGCCCGCAAAGUGGUUGCCCGCAAGUGUGCGCCCGCCAAAUCUACAGUGGGGGUAAAAAAAGUGGCAAAAAACGUACCAUUUGCAUCCGAGAAGCAUCAAAAAUGUGGCAAAACGCUUUCCUCUCCAAGUGGGAAAACUUCGUUUUGAAAGGCUCGUCCUUUCCCUCACAAAAAGAGCCACAUUUUUGAUACUUCUUGGAUGCAAAAUAGUACGUGUUUUUCCACUGGAUAAGGUCCACCACUGUUUACUAGUCUGUUUGCAAAGUUGCUGGAGUGAUUUCGGCAUCGUGGAUUUUGAGAAAAUAAAAGUUGACUUUGCACUGUGCAAUUUGUAGCUUUUUGCACCGUGCAAUAGCCUUUUUUGGGCCGUCGCUCGCAGCUUGAUUAAAUAAAAAAUUUUAACGAAUUUUAUGUAAAUAUUUAUUAUACCUUGGCCCUUCCUUUGUAAGCAAUCAAAAUAAUAUAAUAUGUACCAAUAAGCCUUCUUUGACUUCAGGAAAGUACUACUACCUUCGUCUCGACUUCCAGACCAACUACACAUUUAUUAUAAACCCCGAUUGUCGAGAAGACCUGCCUUGUAACGGCGUCAAAACAUACAGCGAUCCCAGAGAGUCGGUCACUUUCAAGUUUCUGGAUGACACGGUUGAACAAAACUUUAAUGGAUCAGCUAUUUCCAGUGAACUGGCUGUGGAUAAAUUCCAAGUGAGCUCUUUCGCAGGGAAAACCGACAGUAGUUGUAUGCUAUUUUAAAAAAAAAGUUAUUCUAUGAUUUCAGUAUCGAAGUGUUCGUAAGUGUUCCACGGAUUCAACUGCAGACUGGGACCAUCUGGUCGCUCCGAAAGUCAUCUACCCGGUAAGCUUGUGCUCAAUUUCCUGAUGACUCCCAAUUUUGUAAUGCUUCAAAAACUGGACCAGUGGCUUACAGGGGAAGUACCCCCAAGUGCGAAGCUCAGAUUUUAAUGAAACUUGGCACACAUUUAGAAUUAUUUUUUCUAACAUACAUGCGAGAAUCCUAGCUCGCGCUUUGCUGAAAUCGCCGAGAUUUUUGGAUCGAAAGUCGGCCAAAAUUUAGGACUUUUUGCCGAAUUUCGGCACGAAAAGUUUUAUACCUAAUUCUACUGCUGAGAGCAAUGUUUCCACAAAAAGUCGAAAUUUUCCGCGCUAAACUAGCAAAGUUAUGAUCAAAAAGUGUUUUUCUCUCUGACCGCUCUCCGCAUUUAGCAUGCUCUCUCGGCCGCAAAGAUGGUUCAAUAUCUCGGCGUCGCUUGUAAAGCGUGAGCUAAAACUUUUAGGAAUUGACAUAAAAUCUAUGCACAAAGCGUGUGCAAAAUUUAAAGAAAAUCUGAGCGUCGCACUUGGGGUACUUCCCUUCUUGGUACGACCAAAAAAAAUUUGAAAUUUUCCGCAAAAAACCGCUAAAUUUUGACAGAAAUCAAAACUCGAUUUUUCUCCGACUUCCUCUCUUACUUUUCCAUAGUUUCCUGUGUCAGAAAAUCCGUUGUUUCAGCCCAUGAAUCACGCUGUCUUUGCUGACUUUGGUCUCAUCAACCGCACCUACGAUUUCAUCACCGCCUUUCAUUACGAUGGCGCUCUUGGCCUAGCGCCGAGUGAGACGAGAAACUCGGCCAUCUACUCUCUUCUCGGUGAAUUCGCCGGCCCCGUUCUGCUGCUGGAGCCCAAGUCCAGUCGAGGGAAAUUUAAAUACGCUCCGAAUGUCUUGGUUGGGACAACAAGAUCGGAUUUGUGCUUCAACGACUGGAAUUUGGUGCAAAACGUGGAUUUGAAUUCGUGGCGAGUCAAUUUGACAAAGUAAGCGGAUUUUUUGACCGUCGAAAGUUGCAUGCUAAAGUCGAAAAUUCCCCGAUUUAGAGUUGAAGUCCACUUUCAAAGUGUGAAUGGAAAUUUCAUUGCCCAAGUUGACCCAUUCUCAACAGGAUUGGGUUUGAAAAAGUCGAUUUACGACAAAAUCCUGCAAUUUUUGUCAGCGUCGACCAACGAAAAUGGAACUACAAUGGUGCGAUGCAACGAGGAAGAUAGCCUUCAUUCUGUCAGCUUGAGUCUUGACGACGUUGUGCUGAACUUGAAUCCGGCUGUCUAUCUCAAAGAGGUAAGUGGAAUAAGUCUUGGUGUCCUUGGGGGAUAUUUUGGGAAGCAAUGAGGUCAUAUGAUACAGUGGCGGACCUGAUCCAGUGGCAAAAAACGUAUCAUUUUGCAUCCGGGAAGUAUCACAACAUGUGGCAAAAUGCUUCCCUUUCCAAGUGAAAAAACUUCGUUUUGAAGGGCUAGCCCGGGCUCCCUCAAAAAAAAAGCGGGCGCGCUUUUGAAAUCGGAGUUUUUCGCUUGGAGAGGGAGGUAUUUCGCCGCAUUUUUGAUACUUCCCGGGCGCCAUUGUUUUCUCGGCAGAGUGAUAACCAAAAAUGGGGUUUUGGGGUCUGCGUGUAGUUUGUCAUUUUGCGUUUCUGAACCCUUGUUUGGCGACUCUCUCGCUUGUGUUCCCAAAAAGAGCGGGCUCUUUUGAAAUCGAAGUUUUUUUACUUGGAAAGGGAAGCAUUUUGCCAUAUUUUUGAUACUUCCCGGAUGCAAAUGGUACGUUUUCUGCCGCUAGAUCAGGUCCCCUACUGUACGUGGAAUAAGGCUUCCCAAAGAUAUUUUGGGAAGCGGCGAGGUCAGAUAUGAUGAUUGGCCUUUUUAAGCCACUGUUUCAAACACAAGCUCGCUUUUUCAGCGACUCGAAAUCGACGGUCAAAAUUACUGCACAUUAAAGUUUACUGAACUGGAAGAGAAUCUGGGUUAUGAUGUGUUUUUCGGAGAGGAGGUCCUGAACGAGCACUGCUUGCUCUUCGAUUACAAUCGGCCUCAGAUUGGGCUGGUUCGGGCCAGGAAAACAUUUUCGACGGAUUUUUGGAAGAGAGAAAAGGAGACGGAGACCGACAGACAGAUCAGAGAGCUGCUGAGGAAGAGCUGA